UUUUUUUCUUUUCUCUUCUUUUUUUGUUUUUUCCUCUUCUAGGUUAUGCUUCAUCUUCUCCUCCUCCUUCUUCUUGCAUGGUUAAUUCCUUCUACUUAUCCUUCGUUCGUUGGAAGGUUUCCACGGUUAAGCAUUCUCCGGCUGCGUCCUGCGUCAAAUUCGCGGAAAUUUCCAGAAGGAGACUGUAUAUGCGUGACUGGUAACUCUUGUUCGGUUUUAGUUUCUACUGCCACGUCGUUUAUUGGUGUUUCGAAUUUUAUAUCAAUGGAAAGCUAGGGUUUUUGGAAAUUAGGGUUUCGGGAAACUAGGAUUUCGAAUUUGAGAUCUAGUUUCCCGUUUUGUUAAUUUUGUUUUUUGUUCUGUAUAUUAAGUAUGAAGAGGUUGAGAUCUUAUGGUGAUAGUCUUGAUUCGGUUGGGGAAAAGGGGGUUUGUAAAGAUUGGGGAAGAAGGGAUCAGGAUCCAGACCGCUCGUCGUCGCAUCGGAGGUUUUAUUCAAAAGCUGAGAAUGGCGGGCUAAAGGGGUUAUCGUCUUCGUCUGGGUAUGAUCGAUCGAUAGAUGAUGAUCGGGAGAGUUCCAGAUCCUUGCGUAAACGACUGGACCAUGAUUCUGAUGGUUUUGAUCGUAGGAAAAGCUUUGAUCGGUACCGUGAUUGCAGCGACAGGGGUAUUUCAAUUUCUUCGCCUCGGAACUCGUAUGGGGGAGAGCGGAUGCAUCGAUCCGAGAGCUUCUCUGGCUCUAGGCGGGAAUUUCCGAAAGGGUUUAGAUCAGAGAGGGAUCGGUCGCGGCGAGAGGGUAGUGUAUCGUCGUGGCGGAGAUUUGGUGGAAGCAAAGAUGUCGAUGAAGAUACUAGGUUUACUUCCGAUUCAGGCCGAGGGAGUCGAGUUGCUUCCGAGGACAGAGGAAAUGUGAGAUCUCCGCAGGGGGGCUCCAAAGAUGCUAUCAAGUCCCCUCCUUGGUCAAAGGACUCUAGUGGAGAGCAAUCGAAGAGCGUUGAGAUUAAGAAGAAUGAAGAAGUGCAGGUAGAGAAUGGUAAUAGCAGUGAGAUGGAGGAAGGGGAGCUCGAACCCGAAGCUGAACCUGAAGCAGUUCGUGAACCUGAACCCACGCAUGAACCUGAACCUCCUCAACCUCCUCAACCUGAACCUCCAACUGAGGUGACUACUGAGAAUCAUAUGGAACUAGAGACUGAGCAGCAGACCGAACAAGAGAUGAACUUGGAGAAAGAAGCAAAACCAGUGCCAGAGGGGAAGAUAGAGCUCGGGAAGGAACAUACAUGUGAUGAAAAACAGGAAAAUGAAGUAUCAGAGACAUUGACUUCUUCAAUAAAGGAAAAUGAAGAGCUGCCAGAUUUACGGGAUGGUCUGGUUGAUAGAUUGGUUGGAAGUAAGAAAGAAGCAGCAGCAGUGGAUGAAGAAGUACAGGACAGGGGUCAAGAGAAGGAAGAAAGUUGCAGGGAGGACCAAGAACAUUCACCCUCCUCUGACCAUAAACCAGAAGAAGAAGGUAAAGGGGAAGAAACUGUUGAUGCAAAUGCUGAGAAGCCAUUGCAUUUGAGGGAAGAACAGAAAGAAAACAAGGGCAUAGAUCUAGAACCUGAGGCUGAGGACCUCAAUCUACCCGAUUCAGAUAAGGAAGUUCUUGAAAAGAAUGAAACCCCUAAGGUAACCCUGGCCUUUAUAACAGAAAAGCAAACCCAAAAUGACAAAGAUAAAGGCAAAAAUCUAGCUAUUGCUCUUUCUCUCUCAAAUCAUGCUAAUCCUGUGGAAGAUGGUAGCUGGAUGGAAAAGGAUUUGCUAACCAGAAGAGAAGAUGCUAUGGAAGGACCUAGCUGUAGGGGAUUUGAGUUAUUUUUUGGCCCCUCUGCUACAAAAUCAGAGAAGGUGAGUAACUCUGGUGUUGAUAAGCAUAAAAAUGAAAAACUGAAAAUGGAACCACUUGAACUAUCUCUUGGCUUGCCAAAUGUUUCAUUACCACAUGCAUCUCAAGAUCCAAUGCCAGCCCCUAGCUCCCCUAGUCAUGUAAGAAGUGUUCAGUCUUUGCGUACCACUACCACCUUUCGUACGGCCUCUGAUGGGUUCACUGCAUCAAUUUCAUUUUCAGGUUCCCAACCUUUUGUUCACAACCCCAGUUGUUCUCUUACACAGAAUUCAUUUGACAAUUAUGAACAAUCAGUUGGCAGUCAUCCUAUAUUCCAGGGGGUUGAUCAGGUUUCUCAUGGAACCUGGCAAGGACAGCCUUCAAAUGAGCCUAAACGCAAGGAGGUUCCUUUGUAUCAGAGAAUAUUAAUGAACGGAAAUGGGUCUUUGCAUGCAUCUCAAUCAUCACAAGGUAUUUUACAUUCUCAAGCCAUGCAAGGGCAAUAUCUUAAAGUUGCUGAAGGAAGCUCUGGAGCGCCUAUUAGCUUUGAUGGACAUCCAAGUCUUUCAAGACAGAUAUCAGGAGCACGACCAAGGCAACAUGAUAAAAUCAGAUCCCCUACAAAUAGUGUUGGAUCUCAUGAAAUUAGAUCGGAAUAUGAUAAAGAUAAGAAGCAGAUAAUGAGAAAGAGAAGUGGUGGUAGUAUGUUUCAGAGUAAUAGUCAGAUGGAGAUGGAACAGCUUGUGGUAGGUGGAACUGGUUUUGCUGAAAAGAUCAUCACCAUGAUAGUUUCAGAACCAAUACAAGUAAUGGCUAGGAGAAUUCAUGAAAUGACAGAACAGUCCAUUGCGUGUCUAAAAGAGUGUGUUUAUGAGAUGAUAGUAAAUGAAGAGAAGCAUGGGCAGCUACAUACAUUUCAGGAGACCCUGCAAAACAGGUCUGACCUUACGGUGGAGAUACUUUUAAAGUCCCAUCGGGCUCAGCUGGAGAUCUUGUUGUUUCUCAAGACUGGUCUUCAGGAUUUUCUUAGGCGAGCUAAAAAUGUUCCUUCUUCUGACUUAGUUGAAAUAUUUCUAAACUUAAGGUGCAGGAAUCUUGAGUGUAAGAGUAUUAUACCUGUGGAUGAAUGUGAUUGCAAGGUUUGCAUACAGAAGAAUGGCUUCUGUAGUUCUUGCAUGUGCCUCAUUUGCUCAAAGUUUGACAUGGCAUCUAAUACUUGUAGUUGGGUUGGGUGUGAUGUAUGCCUUCAUUGGUGCCACACAGAUUGUGGACUACAGGAAUCUUAUAUUAGAAAUGGCCCGAGUGUCACUGGGGCUCAAGGGGCAACAGAGAUGCAGUUCCACUGUCUUGCCUGUGAUCAUCCUUCUGAGAUGUUUGGCUUUGUAAAGGAAGUUUUCAAAACUUGUGCAAAGGAUUGGAAAGCUGAAACUCUUUACAAGGAACUUGAAUAUGUGAAGAAGAUUUUUUCUGCCAGCAAGGACAUGAGAGGGAAACUACUUCAUGAUAUUGCUGAUCAGAUGAUGACUAGAUUGGAAAAUAAGUCCAAUCUUCCUGAGGUCUAUAGUCAUAUAAUGGGAUUCUUGACCGGAGAUUCCAAGUAUGGCAAUACUUCCAUGUUGACUUUGAAUGAAUUACCCCAUAAGAACCUAGGAGAAGGAAGCAACGGGGUUGUUGGGCUGAGCCAAGAAAAUAUGUGGCUGACACCUGUUUCAACAGAUAAUGCUGCUAUUCACAUUGAAAAAACGGGUAGCGUUACUCCCAACUUGGAUUGGGAUCAGGGGGGUAUGCGGAGAGAAGGUUCUGAGAUGCAGAAAAGCAGUGAAAAUAAACCAGUUAUGGAUGAAUUAGAUAGCAUUGUUAGAAUCAAACAGGCAGAAGCUAAAAUGUUCCAAGCACGUGCUGAUGACGCAAGAAGAGAGGCUGAAGGCCUAAAACGUAUUGCAAUUGCUAAGAAUGAUAAGAUUGAACAAGAGUACACUAGCCGAAUUGCAAAGUUACGCUUGGUUGAGGCUGAGGAAAGGCGCUGGCAAAAACUCGAAGAACUUCAGACUUUAGAGAAGGCACAACGUGAAUACUUAAAUAUGAAGAUGAGAAUGGAAUCUGAUAUUAAAGAUCUAUUGUUAAAAAUGGAAGCCACAAAGCGGAAUCUCAGUACAUGAUGUGGCUGACAGGGCAGAUGUAUGUAUUCUCAUGGAGAUUCAUAAAUCUCAGGUAACUUUACACUUGUUAGGUAGAGACUUUAUAAGCCAGGUUGUAUUUUCAGCCUUCCUUCUCCUUUAUCUUUUAUGUGCUCUAUGGUUUAUAGGUGUACAAUUAGUAUUAGGUUAGUUUUUUUGUUCUCCUUGUUGUAGCUAACUGGAGCUUGUACAGAGAAUGCUCCAUCUUUUAUGUGAAAUUGGUUUCCAUUUUUGGAAGCAAUUUGAAAAGGAAAUAUAGAUUCCCAUCAAUUCAAUCAUUUUCUUUUGUUUUGUGCAAAA